UGAUAUUUGGUGAUCGUAUCUCGAGAGAACAACACGCGUCCCGGCUGUAUAGCCGAGAGCCGAAUACAAGUCCAAGUCCAGCCUGAGUUUUAAUCCAUUGCGACUGCAAAUCAUCCCACAUUUUUGUGGCCACUUGGACAUUCCUUUGUGUUUGUUUGUGCCUAAUUAAAAAGUGUUUGUGUACUUUAUGUGCGUCUAUGGCAUGCAAUAUAUCCCAGUGUGCAAAAUUCAAUCAAAAUUGCAGGACAAUCUAGCGAAGUUGGCCGCGCUUCGCGAACUCGUGUUUGUUCAACACAAGUUGACAUCCCCAUUCUCCAGAGGUGGACAGCGCUCAAGGUUCGUCAGCGAAAGCAGCUGUUGGAAGAAAGCGUCAGUUGAGAAAAGUCAUAGUUGGUCUACAGGUGCUACAGUCGCUGCAACUGCCAAGAAAAGUAUUUAAAGAGCCACAAAAAAAAUGGCAGGAGCUAGAGCCGCUUCGCAGAAGAAUUGCGAAAGACGAAAGAGGGUGCAAUUCCUGCUGCCGGAACCCCGGAAGAAGCCCACCCUCGGGCAAAUGAUCUUCGAUCGCGAAAAGGGAACCUUCCUGGGCCGUACUCCAAAAACAUGGGCCCAGUUUAUGGUAUUCUACGUGAUCUUCUAUGCUUUUCUGGCAAGCUUGUUCUGGAUUUGCAUCCAGGUCCUGCUUGACGGCAUCAGCAUGACGGAGCCCAAGUUGCAGCUGGAGAGGUCCCUAAUAGGAGCCAAUCCGGGGCUGACAGUGCGCCCGCAGCUCAUUCACGUCGAGGGCCCCAUGGUCAUUGCGAUUGAUUCCAAGAACCCAAGCAAUAACGACAACUGGAUCGAGCUCAUUGAUGAUUUCCUCAACGCGUAUGACAACACCACUGUGGACCGUAAGAAUUGCGAGUUCGGUGAUAUCCACAGACCCAGUGAUGUGUGCUUGGUGGAUAUGGAGUCGUUUGAGGGCUGCUCAAAGGCAAAUAGCUAUGGCUACAAGACGAACGAGCCCUGCGUAUUCAUCAAGCUCAACAGGAUCUUCGGCUGGAAGCCCGAAACGUACGAUAUGCCGCUCGAGGAGAUGCCAGAAGAUUUGCAAGCCCACAUCAACGAAACGAUCUACGAGGAGCGUAAGCAAAUCUGGCUAAGCUGCAAGGCAAGUCUGGUUGAGGCUCUGGAUCAGGGCCACAAUAAGGAUAACUUCGAUAACAUCAGCUACUCUCACGGCCGUGGAUUCCCCGCCUACUACUAUCCCUAUCUGAACCAGCCGGGCUACUUGAGUCCCCUCAUCCCCGUUCAGUUCAAGUCCCUGCCCCAGGGUCAGGUGCUGGACGUCGAAUGCCGCGCUUGGGCCAAAAACAUCAUAUACAAAGCCGCUCCUGGCGAUCGCAUGGGUUCGGUGGCCUUCCAGAUAAUUGUGAACUAACUGAACCAUGUAUAUUAUUCAUGAUAUGCCCAACAAAUAAUAACUUUUACGCUCAAAUUCUGAAAAAACUUAGGUAAAAAUUGUUACCAAGAGCGAGUCGUGGCAAUCUGUAGUCUGUAUCUUGAAUCUUUGAAAUGUUUAAAGCAAAAA